AUCGAUCCUGUACCCGCCUGGGUUGAACCGGGCCGGAUCUUUGCUCCCAAUUCUAAAACCCUACCGAAAAUCCAACCCUCCCCAAACCCUGUCGUCUUGCUCUCCUCCGCUUCUUUCAGUCACAAUGCUCUCUCGUCUCCUCCCCAAAUCCUCACAUUUCCGUCGCCUAACCCAACUCCCCCCCAAAUCCCAUCCAUAUCCCCACUCCCAUUUCCCCACCAACCCUUAUUUCUCUCCCCUUCCCAAAUUCUUCUCCAGCGACAAUAACAGCAAUAGCAACGAUGGCAAAUUUGACCAAUCCGCAUCGACUCCUUGGAAUAUCUCCCGCCAAAGCGAGGGAAAAUUCGACCAAUUAUUCACCCAGGAAUCCGGAGACCUCGCCGGAAUCUCUCCGGCCGGUGAGGACGACGAGUCGCGGCUGAGAGCGAGCGAGGAAAAGACGCGUGGAGAGGCGGAGUGGGCCACAGCGGAGGGUUACAAACCCUGGAGCUUGGUGGAGGAGGAGGACAAGGACGACGUGUUCGGUCUGAAGGAGGAGGAGGUCGGUGAAACCGGGGGUGAGAGUAGUACCAGUACUACUUCUGGGGGUGAUGACGCUGAGAAGGAGAGGAGUGAGGAGGCUUCGAGGCUCGAGAGGGAGGAGCAGGAACUCACUGCUAUACUCAAAGGUCCAAAUCGUGCAUUUGGUGACCUUAUUGCUGCAUCUGGAAUCACAGAUGAAAUGCUGGACAGUUUGAUUGCCCUGAAGGACUUUGAAGGGAUUGAGGGAUUGCCGCCUCUAAGUGAAAUAGAGGAAAUUCGGUAUGAUAAAAAUACGAGAAAAAGCACAAGAGCAGACAUAGAGCGCCAGAAACAGGAGGAGGUUGCUAAAGCAAGAGUGAGACAAGUAGAUGAGAAGGGAAGAGCUUAUGGAACAGGGAGAAGGAAAUGCAGCGUAGCCCGUGUCUGGAUUGAACCUGGUGAUGGAAAAUUUGUUGUUAAUGAUAAACAAUUUGAUGUCUAUUUUCCCAUGCUUGAUCAUCGUGCUGCUCUCCUGCGUCCUUUUUCUGAGACAAAGACCUUGGGCCUUUGGGAUGUCAGCUGUACUGUGAAAGGAGGUGGUUUCUCAGGUCAAGUUGGAGCAAUUCGACUGGGGAUCAGCAAGGCCUUGCAAAAUUGGGAACCAGACCUACGUCCUGCACUCAAAGAUGCCGGCUUCUUGACAAGGGACGCACGUGUGGUGGAAAGGAAGAAACCAGGGAAAGCAAAAGCAAGAAAGAGCUUCCAAUGGGUGAAGCGUUAAUUAAUUGGUUUGUAUGGGAACUUGCUCUCCACUUCAAUUUUGCCGCACAAAAAAGAACUUUCCGAAAUGCACUUGUUUGGCCAGGUGUUUAUUUUGUAAGGCAGAUUGUAAUCCGAAUGUUACUUCUUAGGUGCUGCUACAAUUUUAGCGGUCAGCCUAAAGAAAUUCUUGUUGGCUCUUUUUAGCUUAUUUUCUCUCCCCAUCAAUACAAGUCUGAGUUUAGCUUUCCUUUUGAUUCA